AUGACGUUUGACCUCGAGCCCAAGGUGGACAUGACCAAGCUCCUGUCGCACCUGGAGCUCCUCGAGGGCGACGAUCCCACGAAGGAUCCAAACGAGGUGAAGAGCGCCCCCAUCUUCACCGAAGUGGUUCGUGGCCAUGCAGCAGAUCUGCCGUCCAACCCGUUCACCCAGUACGGGCUCCUCGGCGGCGACGCGACCAAAAUGUCCAGCCUCAUGUACACCAACAGUCUCGUGUCUGCGGAGCAUGACCCGAGAAUUUACCAAAACAUCACCGCGCCUUCAAGCGUCUUCAUCUGUGGCAGUCAGGGCUCCGGAAAGAGCCACACGCUGAGCUGCAUGCUCGAAAACUGCCUGCUUCCAUCCGAGGCAAACAGUCUCCCUCGCCCUCUGACAGGCAUCGUCUUUCAUUACGACUAUUUCACCUCGGAUGCAGGCGGUUCGCCGUGCGAGGCGGCGUACCUGUCGUCGCAUCCAGCGGUCAAGGUGCGCGUGCUGUGCCCACCGACGAACAUUGUCCAGAUCCGAAGAAUCUACAGCAAACUCCCCAACGUCAAGGUUGAAGGACUGCGCUUCGAUGAAGCUGACCUCAACACGAAGCGAAUGCUCGACUUGAUGGCCGUGAGCUCUAUCCACGGCGGUGGCAUGCCGCUGUACCUCCACGUUGUCACACGUAUACUGCGUCAACUUCGAAUCGCCCAACAGAAUGCCAACUCGACAUUCAACUACGGCGCCUUCAAGCAUUUUCUCGAAGCCGAGGACUUGACGCCAGGCCAGUGGUGUCCUUUGCAGCAGCGACUGGACACUCUCGAAAGCUUCAUGGCGAGCGAGCAGGUGUCUGGCGGAGGAAAGAAGAAGAAGGCGGCGGUUUCGAUUCGGCGAGGCACUGACUGGACUCCAAGGGCCGGACAGCUGACAAUCGUCGAUUUAUCAUGCCCGUGCGUCACGGCGGAAGCAGCUUGUGCCUUAUUCAACAUCUGCCUCAGCCUUUUCCUGGAGCAAGCAUCGACCAUUGGUCGCGUCGUCGCGCUCGACGAGGCGCAUAAAUAUAUGACGGACUCGGCAGAGUGCGAGACGCUCACGCAAGCGCUGCUUACGACGAUCCGUCUUCAGCGCCAUCAAGCGGCCCGAGUCAUCAUCUCGACCCAAGAGCCCACGAUUUCCCCAAAACUCUUAGACCUGUGCUCGGUGACGAUAGUGCAUCGAUUCACGUCUCCGGACUGGCUUCGCGCGCUGAAGGGACACUUGGCUGGCGCAACGGCGCUGAACAAAGGCCGUAGCGGCGUCAAGGCUUACGAAACGAAUCUUCUCGAUGAUCCCCCAGCGCACGCGGACGCGGAGAUGCAGUUGUUUUCGCAGAUCGUAUCUCUGCGCACCGGCGAAGCGCUUCUCUUCGCGCCCAGCGCUGUCGUUGGUGUCUGCCAGUACACCAUUGAAUCCUCCACCACCGACACUGGAUCGAACGAACAGAAAAGCGAAGACUCGCACGAGACAGCCGUCGAACCCGAGGAGGGCGUUUCGAAGACUGUCACCGAGCUGUUGCGACUCGAGCAUGGCUUCAUGAAGAUCCGCGUUCGCAAGCGCAUCACUCAGGAUGGAGGCCGCAGCGUGAUGGCGAGUUGA